AUGACUUCUGAUCUAAUUGGUCAACGUCGAUCGUUUGACGGUCAGCUAUGCACCGUCCGCUAUGUUGGCAGCGUCCAGGGCACGGUGGGCGACUGGCUCGGUGUCGAAUGGGACGACGCAAGUAGAGGCAAGCACUCGGGCGAACACAAGGGAUUGCGCUAUUUUACAUGUAGAAGCAAGCAGCCUACGGCGGGGUCAUUUGUCCGCCCUUCCAGGCCAUCAGAGCCCCCGCGCAGCUUCUUGGAGGCUCUGCGCGAGAAGUAUGCCUCUGAGCCUGCACAGGAAAAUGCAGAAGCCGACAGUGCGACACCUAAACAUUCAAUCAAAAUUAGCAGCAAAGUCGUUGAGGAGGUCGGCUUUGACAAGAUCCGCAGAGAGAUGGCCGAACUGCAAGAGCUGCGCAUUGUUAUCCUGGAUGGACUGCGUCUUGCUGGAGUGUUGUCGUCCUAUGAACAGCCUCACGAUAAAGUUCAAGAGUCUGCUAGAGAGGUCGCAGCUACUUGUCCGAAGAUUACCGACUUGGAUCUCAGUCGAAAUCUCUUGAGCCACUGGCGCGAUGUAUGGGAAAUCUGCAAUCAAUUGAAGCAUCUACGGCGCUUGAAGGUGAAUGGAAAUCGCUUCCAAUCUCUGGAAGAAGGUCUGGUCUUCAAGGGAAUCACCGAGUUGCACCUGGAGGAAACCUUCUUGAGCUGGGACGAAAUUACCGAAGUGGCCUCUCGCUUUCCCAUGCUCACUUCUUUAACAUUAACGACCAACGAGCUUAAAGCAACGACACGUCCACUUCCGAACAGUAUCACCACAUUGACCCUAGAGUGGAACGAGAUCACAUCGCUAUCAUCAAUCCGCCAUCUAUCAUCUCUCCCAAAUCUAGAACACCUCUCUCUUCGCGGGAACAAUAUCACGACUAUCACCGACGACCCCAACAGCACCCUAGACUUCCAAUUUCCACAAACCGUCCAUUCAGUCGAUCUCUCCCUCAACCAGGUCUCAUCAUGGACAUUCCUAAACCACCUCUCAGCCCUCUUCCCAGGCUUAACAACCCUCCGCCUCUCAAGAAACCCCUUAUACGAACAAGCACCCUUACCAACAGCCAUCGCAGCCGCUACAUCCUCAAUGAGCGCCUCUAGACCCAUGACAGUUGACGAAGCCUUCAUGCUCACGCUCUCGCGCUUCCCAACAACGCUCCGCACGCUUAAUUUCAGCAAGAUCUCUUGGCAGGACCGCUCUAAUGCGGAGAUGUAUUACCUCUCCCUCAUCGGCAAGACCCUCUCUGCUACCUCUGAAGAAGAAGAGCCCAGUAUUCUCGCCGAGCACCCGCGCUACGCCGAGCUGUGCGAGCUGUAUGGCGAACCGACCAUCACUAGAGCUGUGGUAUCUGACGGUUCUGGGAAACGGGUUAUUCACCCUCGAUCUGUGGCGGCGCGGUUGGUAAAGAUGGCGUUCCGUCUUUCUGGGUCAGAUGGACCGGUUCAGGUUAAAGAGAUUCCGGGUUGUUUCAAUUCAUACCAGGUCAAGGCUCUCGUGGACAAGCUGUUUGGGCUUCCUCCAUUUGGCUUCAAGUUGGUUUGGGAGACUGAUGAGUGGGAUCCUGUUGAAAAAGAUGUCGGUGAAGAAGAUGCUGGUUGGGAUGGAGAUAGCGAUGAUGAGGCGGCAGUGGCCAAUGUCGACCCUAUCUCGGAGAAUAAGAGUCGAUUUGUGCGGCGGGAGGUCGAGUUGGUGGAAUCGACUAGGGAUAUCGGGUUCAUGUUCCAGGGAGAGACGGGCGAGAUGAAGAUUAGGGUGGAUGUAUAUCCUGUAUAA